UUUCGAUCGAAUUGACCAACUCCCGCAAAAGAAAACGAUUGGAGACAGAAACGCCGAGUGAGGCCUGGCUCCUUCCCCGCGACCAAAAGCUUCAGGCGACGGCGACGGCGGCGGCGCAGCUCGUUCCGGUUUGCUCUGGAUCGAGCCGUAGCUGCCAUCACAUUUUACAGGGAGCAACAGCGAGCCUACAGGACAGUCUGCCUGUGCGAUGCCGAUGCGGGCCGGUUGCAUGCGCGCCAGGGACGUCUUCGUGCGGCCAACGCCGAGCUGGGUAGCAAGCUAGACUCUACUGCGGUAUUUCCGUAUGAGCUAGCAUCAAUCAAGGAGGGAGGGAUUUGAAAUUGCUGCGUACCUCGAGUCCUUAGUCUCGUCCUCUCCGGCGAACGGCCAACAGCAGGAAGGGUAGCGCCUCUGCUCCAAUCCAGCACCACUGCUCCUCUCCUAUGUGCAUCAGCGUGCCCCCUUUGAAAGCGGGUAUUAGUUAAUCAUGGUGUUCAGCAAGGUGGAAGUGAACUUGAAAAGACUGCUUGAGGCGGCCCCCCGCCAGCAGAAUCAGGCUAAGCUUGUCCAUUACAUAACCACAGCCAGGGAGCUGUUGGAGCAGCUUGGAGCUGAAAUUACACCAGAAGGAAUAUCAAGUGUUUCAAAAGCUAAGCUCAGUGAGUAUUCAGAAAAGAUUGAAGCACUAGCUGCCACGCUUGCUUCUCUAGUGCCAGAAAAUGAAAAUCUGGUUGAUGAGAGUAGAGAACAAGACAGCUCUUAUGAAAGAGAAAAGGUUGGGAGUCCAAUAUCCUUAUCAUCAGGAUUGCGGAGGAGAUCGACGGCUCAGGUGGAGGUUGGACCAAGCAGUCAUGAGAGAAAAGAAAGAGAAGCUGGAGCACCUAUUAAAUUGGAUGCAGAAGCUCAAGCUCACAUUGAGAAGCAUAGGAAGCUGCAAGAAGAUUUAACUGACGAAAUGGUUGACCUAGCACGCCAGCUGAAGGAGAGUAGCCUUUUAAUGAACCAGUCCGUGCAAGAUACAGAGAAGAUCCUCGAUUCCACCGAGAGAGCUGUGGAGCAUAGCCUGGCGAGCACCGGGCGUGCAACGGCGCGAGCCUCGGAGGUCUACUCGGUGGCCUCCAAGACAACCUGCUUCCAGUGGCUGCUCAUCUUUCUGAUGACCUGCAUGUUUGUCAUGGUGGUUCUGCUCAUACGGAUCACCUGAUGUCGCCGUGGCUACUGAAAACCGCGUCACCAGGAGCCGUUAAGAUAGUUCUGCGGUCUUGUCAACAGGCCUUAUAUGAAGAUAAACUUGAGUUCCGGAGGAGCACUGUUGCUCACCAUCGUUAGGCGGUUUGCUGAAGAAAGAUGUCCCGUUGGGAGAACGCAUCGGCUCACUGUUAAUUUUGGAAAUACCAAAUGUUCUUGUUCAUGCACAUUUUCUGAUCUGGAAAUUCUGGUCUAAAAAGCAUGUAGAUGUUUCCCCUCAAACAAUGUAUAUAAUUCAGUCGAUAGCUUCAA